AUGGCAACUGCCAAUAGCACCAAAGGCAAAGUCACAGUGACCGAUUACCCUGAAAAUCAUUUCUUUACUGUGACUAUGAGAAACCUGCAGCCAUCCACAGACCACACACAUUUCUGGUGUGCCAUGUCACUGACUGAAACAUCACCUUAUGAUGACAUGAGGGAGCUGUCAAUCAACUAUCAGUCUGAUCCUGAUCUGUCUGUACAGAGAAGUGAAGUGUCUGGCGAGGCAGGAGGAAAUGUGAGUGUCCUGUGUCGCUAUAGUCCCCGAUACAGAGGAGAGAAGAAGAGAUGGUGCCGUUUGAGAGAUCAGAAGUGUUCUGCAGUGGGGGGGUUCAGGUCACCUGCUGACCCAAACAAGGGAUGGGACCCCCAGAUGAGGCAUGAUGGGUUUGGAACUCUGAGUGUUGAGAUGGUGGGGGUGAAGCAGACAGACUCAGGCUGGUACUGGUGUGAGGUGGGAGAUCUGCAGAGACCCAUUUACCUCAGCGUCACACAUCAAGUUGCAAGUAUGUUUACAUCUAAGUACAAAAUUAUUCAGACCCCUGACAAAUAUUGA